GGAGAAACCGAGUCGGCUCUGAGCUCCCUGCUUGGUUUUGGGCGGCGAAAGGCCGAAGGGGAAUAUGGCGCUCGUAGGCAACGGAGCCGAGCUGGAAGCGGACGAGGACAUUUUUGAAGAUGCCUUGGACACCAUCUCUAUGCCUUUUUGCAAAGAUAUGGCAACAAGCAGCUGUUCCUUAGAAUCGCUGGACUCAAAACAGGCCUCUGGACAGCACAGACCACCUAAUGUGAACAGGUCAACAUCAACCAAGAUGGAUCUCAAAGGUGGCCUGGAACAAUGUGAAAGAGCAUUGAAAUUAUUUCUAAGUAACAAAUUUAAAGAUGCCUUAGAAUUGCUCCAACCAUGGGCUAAGGACAGCAUGUACCAUGCCUUGGGCUAUAGUACCAUUGUGGUAUUGCAGGCCAUCAUGACCUUCGAGCAACAGGACAUCCAAAACGGCAUUUCUGCCAUGAGGGACGCCUUACAAACCUGCCAAAGAUAUAGGAAAAAAACCACGGUUGUAGAGUCUUUCUCAAGCCUUCUUUCCAGAGGAUCAUUGGAACAGAUGAGCGAAGAGGAAAUGCAUGCUGAAAUCUGUUAUGCCGAGUGUCUCCUACAGAAAGCAGCACUCACGUUUGUGCAGGAUGAAAAUAUGAUCAACUUCAUCAAAGGUGGACUCAAAAUUAGAACAAGUUACCAUAUAUAUAAAGAAUGUCUUUCACUCCUAGAUAUACUUCAGAAGAACAAAGUUGAGCAACAAUUCUUCUAUGAGUUUGAAGGGGGUGUCAAACUUGGAUUAGGGGCCUUUAAUUUGAUGCUGUCCCUUUUACCAGCACGGAUUAUCAAGCUACUAGAAUUUAUAGGAUUUUCUGGAAAUAGGGAACUGGGCCUCCUGCAGCUACAGGAAGGUGCAUCAGGAAGGAGCAUGAGGUCUCCACUCUGCUGCUUAACUAUCCUGUCUUUUCAUACUUACAUCUCCCUAAUACUUGGUACAGGAGAGGUGGAUGUUGUGGAAGCGGAGACUCUCCUUGCACCCUUCCUCCAGCAGUUUCCAAAUGGCUCACUCAUGUUGUUUUACCAUGCCCGAAUAGAGCUGCUGAAAGGGAAUGUAGAACAGGCACAAGAGAUAUUUCGAAAAUGCAUUUCAGUUCAAGAAGAAUGGAAACAAUUUCACCAUCUCUGUUACUGGGAGCUGAUGUGGAUUAAUAUAUUCCAGCAAAACUGGAGGAAGGCGUAUUACUAUUCAGAUCUGCUUUGCAAAGAGAGUAAAUGGUCCAAGGCCACGUACGUGUUCCUGAAGGCGUCGGUGCUGACCAUGCUUCCCGAGGAGGAGGUGGCGGCGGCCCGGGAGGACGUGCUCGCGCUGUUCAGACAGGUGGACAGCUUUAAGCAGAGAAUUGCCGGGAAAUCUAUUCCUACGGAGAAGUUUGCCGUGAGGAAGUCUCGACGUUACUCCGCCUCGUUGCCUGCACCCGUGAAGCUCGUCUUGCCGGCCCUGGAAAUGAUGUACAUCUGGAAUGGUUUUCCAAUAGUGAGCAAAAGAAAAGACCUUUCCGAAAAUCUGUUGCUAACUGUUGAAAAGGCUGAGGCAGCUUUACAAAGUGAAAACUCCAGCGAGUACUUGGUGGAUGAUGAGUGCCUGCUGAAGCUGCUGAAGGGAUGCUGCCUGAAGAACUUGCAGCGGCCCCUGCAAGCAGAACUGUGUUUCAAUCAUGUCAUCCAAAGUGAAAAGAUGCUGAAGUUCGACCACUACCUGGUGCCCUUUACUCUGUUUGAGCUGGCACUUCUGUACAAAGCCCAAGGGGAGACCGACAAGGCCGUAAAGGCCCUGGAAACUGCAAAAAACAACUACAAAGAUUACUCCAUGGAGUCUAGACUACACUUCAGGAUUCAGGCAGCUCUUCACCUCUGGAGAAAGCCUCCUACACGUUGAUCAGAGCCCGAAGGAUGAACCUUCCCUCCAGUUACACCAACAUCUGCUUAGACUAGACUUGUAUUAAAGUGGAAAAGUGAUCUUGUGAAUGAGAGACAAAAAAUUAAUUUUAUUGUCAAUA